AUGUCGACCUUUGAGAACAUCUACCUCGAUCUCUCGAGACAGUCCGGUCGGUGUCGUCUAGCAGAGAGCGGACUCGGCUGGAAACCCAGCGGCCAAAAAGACAGCGAACCCUUCACACUAGACAGCAAUCAGAUUGGCGCCGCGCAGUGGAGUAGAGCAGCGAAAGGCUAUGAACUGAAGAUUAUUACCCGGGACGCCGCAGUGAUCCAACUGGAUGGCUUCGAACAAGACGAUUUUGACCGUGUCGCAAAAGCGUUCAAGAUCUGGUAUGGCAUCAACGUAGAGAACAAGGAACAUGCGCUGCGAGGGUGGAAUUGGGGCAAGGCAGAGUUUGGGCGAGCCGAGUUAGCUUUCAACGUCCAAAACAGACCCGCGUUCGAGAUACCCUACUCGGAGAUCUCAAAUACGAACCUGGCGGGCAAGAACGAGAUUGCGGUCGAGUUCAACCUGGGCACUGAGCAGAAUGGGACCAAUGGCCACAAGGCGGACAGCACGAAGAACCGCGGUCGUAAGGCAGCCGCAGGCCGGGAUGAGCUCGUCGAAAUGCGGUUCUACAUUCCAGGCACCGUGACGAACAAGGAAGUCAAUGGUGACCAAGGCAGUGGGGCGGAGAACGACGAGGAGGAAGAGGAACGGAAUGCCGCCUACGCAUUUUAUGAGAUGCUGAUGCACAAGGCAAACAUCGGCGACGUCGCGGGCGCCACGUUCGCGACUUUCCAAGACAUAUUACAUCUCACACCCAGAGGACGUUUCGACAUUGACAUGUACGAGAAUUCCUUCCGCCUACGGGGUAAGACGUAUGACUACAAGAUUCAAUAUCAAGACAUCAAGAAGUUCUUCAUCUUACCCAAGAACGACGAGAUGCACACCCUCAUCACCCUCGGUCUGGAUCCUCCCCUACGGCAAGGCCAAACAAGAUAUCCCUUCAUCGUCAUGCAGCUCAAACUGGAUGAUGAAGUGAAUCUGGAUCUCAACAUGUCGGAAGAGAUGUUGGAAACAAAGUACAAGGACAAGUUGGACGCGCAUUACGAAGCCCCCAUCCAUCAUGUGAUCGCAAAGGUCUUCAAGGGUCUCUCCGGCAAGAAGAUCAUCAUGCCCUCGAAGGAUUUCGUCAGUCACCACAACAUGAACGGGGUUAAGUGCUCCAUCAAGGCCAACGAAGGCCUACUGUACUGCUUGGACAAAAGCUUCAUGUUUGUGCCGAAGCCGGCUACGUACGUGCAGAUCGAGUCGAUACAGAGCAUCACCAUGUCACGAGUGGGAGGAGCCCUAGCAGCCAGCAGGACAUUCGAUAUCACAAUGACCUUGAAGGGAGGACAAGGAGAGCAUCAGUUCAGCAACAUCAACCGCGAGGAACAACAGCCCUUGGAAGCAUUCUUCCAGGCAAAAGGCAUUCGGUUCAAGAACGAGAUGAUGGAAGACUCGUCUACGCUGUUGAAGGCAGCUCUAGAUGAUCAAGAACUGGCGUCUUCAGACGACGAAGAGGACGCUGGGGUCAAUCGUGGUUCAGCGGAUGAGGACGAUGAGUCUCCGGAUGAAGACUUCCAGGAGGAAUCGGAGAGCGAUGUUGCUGAAGAGUACGAUUCUGCUCAUGAAAGUGAGGGUAGUGAUGCCAGUGAUGCAGGCAUGGCUGACGCCGAUGACGACGCUGCGAACGGUGCCAGUGAGGAAGAGGAUGAUCGGCCACCAAAGAAGAAGGCAAAGAAGUAA